CAUAGACUUGAUAGUAGCUACAAACUCGGCUGUGAGGUGUGUGUGCAGUACGUGACUAACUCCAGCCUACAAGAUAAGUGUGUGUAACUGAUAUUUGACAUAGUUUUUCCGGAGGAUUAAGGUAUAUUGUGAGUGUAGCUUCCGGGACUAGUCUGUCUUAUUUUGAAGUCUUCUCUUUUGCAUCCCUCCCGACUGACGGACUGAGUUUGGAUAUCGGAAGGAGGGGAGGAGGCGCAGGACCAACGGGCUGCUCUCAGAUGGAGCACCAGGGCUCCGGGAGCUUAGGGCGCACAGCGGACCCGGAGUGAAUGACGCUAGUGGAUGGACGCUGCUCCCCGGUUCAGGCUGUUCACAGCACGGCCAUGACGGGCACCCAGGAGCCAGACCUGCAUGAGCAGCACAGAGGACCAACGCAGGAGGAAGGGGAUGAGGAGGAGGAGGGGGAGAAGGUGCAUGUUUCAGUUGAGGGAGAGGAGAGGGAGCAGGAUGGGGAGGAGGAGGAGGAGGAGGAGGAGGAGGAAAAGGAAGAGUUGCCGUAUCCCUCUCUAGCACCAGUGGUUCUCUUGGCACUGACCCAAACCAGCCCACCCCGCUCCUGGUGCCUUCGAGCUGUCUGCCAUCCAUGGUUUGAGCGUGUGAGCAUUUUGGCCAUCCUGCUGAACUGUGUGACUCUAGGGAUGUUCCAGCCCUGUGGCCACACCUCCUUCCUGCUGCAGGCUCUGGAUGAUGGGAUCUUUGUGUUUUUUGCCGGGGAAAUGGUGGUGAAGAUGGUGGCUCUUGGGGUCAUAGGUCAGAGCGGUUACCUAGGCGACACAUGGAACAGAUUGGACUUCUUCAUUGUUAUAGUGGGAAUGCUGGAGUACUCGCUUGAUGGACACAAUGUCAGCCUAUCAGCUAUCAGGACUGUCCGGGUUCUCCGCCCACUACGAGCCAUCAACAGAGUUCCCAGUAUGCGUAUCCUGGUGACCCUCCUCCUAGACACACUUCCCAUGCUGGGCAACGUGCUGGCACUGUGCUUCUUUGUCUUCUUCAUCUUUGGCAUCGUUGGUGUGCAGCUGUGGGCGGGGCUGCUGAGGAACCGCUGUUUCAUGGGAGAGGAUGUCAAGAUGAGAUACAACAUUUCCUUCUUGAGUGGCUACUAUCGGCCAGAUGGCACCGAUGACCACCCCUUCAUCUGCUCAACGGAAAGAGAGAACGGGAUGCUUCGGUGCUCCGAUGUGCCUCGCCGCCGCGUAGCUGGGACAUCCUGCUUCCUGGGUGCCGAGGAGGCCCGUCCAGAAAUACCUGGACCUCGAGUGGAUGAACCAGUGCCAUGUGUAAACUGGUACCAGUUUUACAAUGAGUGUCGGGCUGGGGAAGUAAACCCGCACAAAGGAGCUAUUAACUUUGAUAACAUUGGAUAUGCAUGGAUUGCCAUUUUUCAGGUAAUUACUCUAGAAGGUUGGGUAGACAUCAUGUACUAUGUUAUGGAUGCACACUCUUUCUACAACUUCAUCUACUUCAUCUUCCUCAUUAUAGUGGGCUCUUUCUUCAUGAUCAACCUGUGCCUGGUUGUCAUAGCAACCCAGUUUUCUGAAACAAAGCAGAGAGAACACGCCUUAAUGAAAUCGGAGCAGCGUGCCCGCCAGCUCCACCAAUCAGCUUCCACGAUCGCCAGUGACAGCCAACCAGGCAGCUGCUACGAGGAGAUCAUCCGCUACCUGGCGCACCUCGGCCGCAAGGCCUGGCGACGACUGUCCCGCGGCUACGCUCAGACAAGCACGCACUUUGACUGCAUGUACCUGUGCCGGAAAGACAGAGGGGGUGGAGCCGCCAGAGCUGGUGGUGUUGGGGAAAUGAACGGACUUGCCCACCGGCACUCGGGCCACGUUCCCAACGAUCUUUCACACCUUCAUCAGCUUUAUCAUCAACAUCACCAGCAUCAUCACCAGCAUCAUCACCAGCAUCAUCAGCUUCAGUCUGAGCCGGCUGUCAGCAAUGGAGGGAAUGGUUUUAAUUAUCCCUUCAUAUCGCCUCUCCUCACUUACUUGGAUGCAAAGGGCCGCGACCAGAAGAGGCCGGUUGCCACGGAGACCAUCAACAGACUGCCACAGCUAGUGGUGGAGCAUGGUGGGUGUGCCGGGCAUUCUGCGUUACCGUUGCCAGGUGAAGUGCCAGGAGAGUCCUCAGUAUGCCCGUACUGCAUCUACUACAACCAAAUUAGUGACAGCGAACAUGUUAAUGAGCAGACUGAAGACCAGCUUCAUGGGUACAGCAACUCAUGCCAUGGCAACAGCCCGUGUCAUAGUAACAGCCCAUGCCACUGUAGCAGCCCAUGUCAUGGUGAAGCACAGGUGCCUGAGCCGAAGAAAAAGCUGUACGGGCGUUGCUGGGCGGGACUCCAAACUAAACUGGAUCUCAUUGUUGGGAGCAGAUACUUCAACAGAGGAAUCAUGAUUGCCAUCCUUAUUAACACACUGUCAAUGGGCAUAGAGUACCAUGAACAGCCACAGGAGCUGACAGAUAUUUUGGAGAUCAGUAACAUGGUGUUCACGAGUCUGUUCGGUCUCGAGAUGCUGCUGAAGCUCAUGGCCCUUGGCCUCUUUGGCUACAUCAAGAACCCCUACAACGGCUUCGACAGUGUCAUUGUCAUCAUCAGUGUGUGGGAGAUUGUGGGUGAGGCAGAGGGAGGCUUGUCGGUGCUGCGUACCUUCCGCCUGCUGAGAGUUUUGAAGCUGGUCCGGUUCCUUCCCGCCCUGAGGAGGCAGCUGGUGGUGCUGAUGAAGACGAUGGACAAUGUGGCCACGUUCUGCAUGUUGCUGAUGCUCUUUAUAUUCAUAUUCAGUAUCUUGGGGAUGCAUCUGUUUGGCUGUAAAUUUGGAUUGCGACAAGACAGCGGAGACACUUUACCUGAUAGAAAAAACUUUGACUCUCUGCUCUGGGCGACUGUCACAGUUUUUCAGAUCCUCACCCAGGAGGACUGGAAUGCGGUGCUCUAUAACGGGAUGGCCUCCACCACGCCGCUGGCUGCCCUCUACUUUGUAGCCCUCAUGACCUUUGGAAACUACGUCCUCUUCAACUUGCUUGUAGCCAUUUUGGUUGAGGGCUUUCAAGCCGAAGGUGAUGCCAACAGAUCUGAGACAGAUGACGAGAGACAGUCGCUCUCCUACGAGGAUGAGGAGAAGUUGAGAGAGCUGUACGCUGCAGAGCUCAAGAUCCAGGCCAUGAUGCUGAGCCCCAAUGGCCUCCUGAACCCAAAAGCCUCCAUGCCCCUCCCUCCUCCUCCUCCUCUGCCGGUCAUCACCCACACUGCAGCCACGCCCACCAUAUACUCCGGUCAAUCACGGCGGCCAAGUGCCACUUCCACGGACAUGAACAGCAUUGAGCAGAGGUCACCGUUGUCUUCACAGUCUCUGUGGGACAGCGGACCAGAGAGCCGUCGCUCCAGUUGGACGAGCAUCGGUCGAGCCCCCAGCCUCCACAGGAAGAGCCAGUCGGGGGAGAUGGAGUCCCUGCUGUCCGAUACACACUCAAGCUCCAACCUCAGCAGCAGGGAGCAAUCUCUGGACAGAGAGGCAGAGUACCUGCAGGUACCUGUGCUCCACGUGCCCGACUGCAAUGGCACCACCUUUCACCUCCCUGACCACUGCUACGACGACGCUCCCCUCACCACGCAUUACAACAGUGAUCAGGAAGAGGACGAGAUAGAGGAGAGUUUAUGUAAGAAGGUGAAAAAGCUGUUGGAGCCAUAUGAGCCUCAGUGGUGCCUGGAGCACGAAGAGUGGUCUCUCUAUCUGUUUGCGCCGCACAACCGGUUCAGGUUGUGGUGUCAGAGAGUCAUAGGUCACAAGAUGUUUGAUCACAUCAUCCUCCUCUUCAUCUUCCUUAACUGUAUCACCAUCGCACAGGAGAGACCUGACAUACAGUCCAACAGCAUGGAGCGCGUGUUCCUCAGUGUGUCCAAUUACAUCUUCACUGUGAUCUUCGUGGGUGAAAUGAUGAUCAAGGUGGUAGCGAUGGGCCUGUACUUUGGACAAGGUGUGUACCUGCAGAGUAGCUGGAAUGUCUUAGACGGACUGCUGGUGUUCGUGUCACUUGUGGACAUCCUCGUCUCCAUUGCAUCAGCAAGUGGUAAUCGAAUCUUAGGAAUCCUCCGUGUGCUGCGUCUGCUCCGUACACUGCGGCCACUCAGGGUGAUAAGUCGAGCUCCUGGUCUAAAACUGGUGGUGGAGACUCUGAUCACAUCCCUCAGACCCAUUGGAAAUAUCGUCCUCAUCUGCUGUGCUUUCUUCAUCGUGUUUGGAAUCCUGGGAGUCCAGCUGUUUAAAGGAAAGUUCUUCUACUGCGACGGGCUCGAUGUGAGUCACAUCACCAAUAAAACACAGUGUCUGGAGGCAGGAUACCGCUGGGCUCGAAGGAAAUACAACUUUGACAACCUGGGACAGGCGCUGAUGUCACUAUUUGUGCUGUCAUGUAAAGACGGCUGGGUCAGCAUUAUGUAUGACGGCCUGGAUGCUGUCGGAGUGGACCAGCAGCCAAUAAGAAACAACAACCCUUGGAUGCUGCUGUUUUUUAUCUCUUUCCUCCUCAUCGUCAGCUUCUUUGUGCUCAACAUGUUUGUCGGCGUGGUGGUGGAAAACUUUCACAAGUGUCGCCAGCAGCAGGAGGAGGAGGAGGCGAGGCUGAGGGAGGAGAAACGGCAGAGACGGUUGGAGAAGAGGAGGAGAAGGGCCCAAGAGAAGCCAUAUUACGCUGACUACUCCCCACUGCGCCGAACCAUCCACACCGUGUGCACCAGCAACUACCUGGAUCUCUUCAUCACCAUCAUCAUCUUCACAAACCUCAUCACAAUGAGCAUGGAGCACUACAAUCAGCCUCGGUAUUUCGAGGAGAUACUGAAGUACUGCAAUUACGUCUUCACGGUGGUUUUUGUCAUCGAGUCGAUUCUCAAACUCAUCGCUUUUGGUCUGCGGCGCUUUUUCAAAGAGAGGUGGAACCAGCUGGACCUCGCCAUUGUGUUGUUGUCCAUCAUGGGAAUCACUCUUGAGGAAAUAGACCUGAAUGCCUCCCUCCCUAUUAACCCCACCAUCAUACGCAUCAUGAGAGUCCUAAGGAUAACAAGAGUGCUGAAGCUGUUGAAGAUGGCUACAGGAAUGAGAUCUCUGUUGGACACAGUGAUUCAAGCUCUGCCUCAGGUGGGGAAUCUGGGUCUGCUCUUCAUGUUGCUGUUCUUCAUCUAUGCAGCUCUGGGAGUUGAGCUCUUUGGAAAACUGGAGUGUUCGGACGAAAACCCAUGUGAAGGUCUUAGCCGCCACGCCACCUUUGACAACUUUGGCAUGGCUUUCCUCACGCUCUUCAGGGUGUCUACCGGCGACAACUGGAAUGGGAUUAUGAAGGACACAUUGCGAGAGUGUCGCCCGCAGGAUCGCCACUGCCUCACCUACCUUCCCCUGGUCUCUCCCGUUUACUUCGUCACCUUCGUCCUAACGGCUCAGUUUGUGCUGGUCAAUGUGGUCGUAGCCGUUCUCAUGAAGCACCUGGAGGACAGCAACAAGGAGGCCGCGCUGGAGGAGAUGGAGGAGAGGGAGGAGAAGAGGGAAAUGGAGGAGAGGAGGGAGAGGGAGGAGGCCAACCGACGCUCCAGCACUGCAUCUGCGGGCGGGGACCUGGGGCCAAACGUGGACGCACCUGCACAGGUGCAGUUUGAGGAUGAGGAGUGUUCCCAUGGCAACCUGCUGAGCAUGGGACGCAUGCUGUCUCUCCCCAGCGACAGCUACGUUCAGCCACUCAGAUGCUCCCCUUAUCCUCCCAUUGGCCAUGAGGUCUACUCCGGGUACAGCUACUCAGGCUCCAUGUCAUCUCUGGGCUCCAGUGGAGGCGGAUCACUGCUGCAGGUUCCAGGAGCUCUGCCGGUCAUCAGCCACGCUUCACUGGGGUCUGGACGCAGCUCCAGGCCAAAGAUUUGCCUCAGCACCUCACAGAGCAUCGACCGGCACUCCCCACACAGACUCAGUCCAGCUGAGAGUAUAGAGGGAUACAAGUUUAGUCCGGCUCACAGAAUCAACAGACACAGACUCAACUCAGCUCACAGUAUCGAUGGAUACAAGUUCAGCCCGGCCCAUCGAAUAAACAGACACAGACUCAGCUCUACUCACAGUAUGGAUGGAUACAGGCUCAAUCCAGACCACAACACAGACAGACCUAAACUCAUGUCCAGCCACAGUAUAGACAGACAUCCCUCACUCAGACUGAGUCCCACCCGCAGCGCCAGCAGACGUCCUUCUCAGUGGCUCAUUCCUCAAGACAGUUUAGACAGAAACAAGCUGAGUCCCUCCUAUGUUCCCGAUAGUUCAGUCCUCAAGAGACCAGCGUCCCUCCGAACUGCAAGCAGACAGUUACGGAGACAGGAGGCUGUGCACUCUGACUCUCUGGAUCAGAGCGGAUCAGCUGAUGAUCUGGCAGAGAAUCUUCUCACUGUGCCCGCCAUCUCUUCCACACCACCACGGCAGCGAUCGUCCAGUGUACACACACUGAAAUAUAAACACCCCCAAAGGGUCAUUUCAUGCAGGAGCCACAGCCGGAGCCACAGCGAAACCACUGGGCAAGAACAUGUACCUGAGCAGGCCAUCUGUGGCUCGCAGCCAGAAACAGAUGUCGAGAAGCGGCCUGUGAGCCCACAGAGCUUGUCCAGUUUGAAGGUCCCCAGUGGUGAGUCCACCCUCUCAGCACCACCCUGUAGCUCCAGAACAGCCAGCCCAGGCCCCGGCUCUGACCCCAGCCCCCUGUUGGAUGACGCAGACGAGGAAGUCAGCCGCAUUAACAGUUCUGUUCACGCACACUCACACACACAACUUCCACCCAGCUCGUCACACAAAAGCAGACACCUCUCCCCGAGCCCUGGCGAGCACAGGAGCCGCCUCAGCCAAUCAGUGUCUCCUGUGUCGGGCAGGAACAGGAAGCAGAGGAUGAGCCCGCCGCCAGGAGAGGAGCCAGUAACUAUGGCAACCCAGCUGAUGGACAGCAGUGUCGAGCUGAGAAGGCGGACUCUGUCAUUUGAUGCCACAACUCUCUCUCCUAAUCAACCUGAGGGAAGUUCUGUGGAUGACUAAACAAACUCUGGACAACAAAGAAACAAACAUACGCUGGAUUGGUUGUUCUCUGAUGUGGAGGAGCCUGAUGUGCUGCUGAAGCACAUGAGAGGGGCGGCAGCCGCAAUCCAAAACACGAGGGAUACCUGUUUCCUGUUUUGGGCCCCGUCCCCUCGCCUCGUCCCAUCCAAUCACAACAGAUUUUCACAGGGUGUUUGAGCAGAACUCUUUAGGACUGUGUGUGUAUGAGUGUGUAUGUAUUCAAAGACCCUUUGUGCUAUUUGCACACAAGAUGCACACGAGAAGACGUUUCCUUUCCUUCUAUCAUAGUCCUAGCUUUAGUUCAGACAUAGUAGUCACUCCCCUGCGAUAUUUACUCAAACUCUAACCUUCCCCUUGCUUGCUCUCCUCCUCCUGCCCGCACUCUCAUCCUUUUCCUUGCACCUCAAGCCUUGGUCAGAGUACAACACAAAAAUUACCCGAAAGGUGCAGCACAGAUUAAGUUACUGGCUGAUCUGCUCUCGAUAAAUCACGUAAUCUUUUGGUCUAUAAAUCAUCAGAAAUAAUAGUGACGUCUUCAUAUUGCUUUUUUUCCACCAAGCAUGAGUUCAAAAUCCAAAGAUAUUGACUAUAAUGUUAGACAAGGAGAAGCCAUAAGUCUUCAUUCAAGUCACAUUUGAGAGGCUUGAACAUCAAAUAUUUGGCAUUUUUGCUUGAAAACUGAUUAAUCAAUUAUCAAAGGAGUUCAUUUUCUGUUUAACGCCACACACGGCAUCUCGUUCAGUCUUGUGAUAAUUUUCUGAUUUGCCAGAACUUGUUUACUUUAAGCAAAAUUCACAAAUUUCUUGCUCUGUGGUGCAGAAAUUACAGUUUAUGUUUACAAGAGAAAUUGAUUUUUAAGUGAUAAACUGACAAAAAUUAAAGUUGACGAAGAAUUUUAUAUGUAAACGCUUAAUUUGUAAUUGCACGCUUAUAUAAAUCACUGCAGGCACAUUUUAUUAGAGACUUCUUCCUCCAAUAAAUAAAAACAAAUUGUACAGCGGCUUGUUACAAGUGGAGCAAAAUGAGAAUCUUAUAUCUAACCGAGUUUUGUUUUUUAAUGACUAAUCUUCCUAUUUUUCGUACAUCUUAAUCUACCGUAAACUGCCACUGGACGUUGCUUGACUCUUUUCAGAUUGCAGAUUUCUUUCCCGGAAAAUCAAACAAGGACAUGUUUGUGAUGUUUCAGAAACUGUUCCCGCCUGAAUCCAUCCGACCCUGACAGUUAGAAAAAUCAAUUUGCGCUCUAAGUUAAAACCGUGUAGUGUGACCUCAGCUUUAGUAGUUUCUACCUCGCUUUUUCCUAAUCCCACCCAUUUGAAUAUUCAGUCAGCUUAGUUUCUCAUACACUUUCCUUUUUCUCUGUCUUAGUAUUCUCAGGGUAGAGUUAGUUCAGACGCAGGUGAGCAUGAAGCAUGUGAUCAGAGGUCUGCAGAGUUAGAUUGCCCCCUGCUGUCUGAAGCUGGAGCUGGCCCGUCUCUCCUGAAGACAUUAUAUACUGUACGGGUGCAGAGUGACAUUUAGAAAGAAGCUGAUGUACAGAAGGGCUUAUUCAGGUGAUAUAACAGUGUGUAAACCUUUGUAGGCCAAGAUUAUAUUUUAUUAACACAGCAGGGAUGAUGUGAGAACUACAAAGGCGAAUUUCUACAUUUUUGAUUGUUAAUUUAUCUGCUGGUGCUGGUGCUGGUGAUGAUGAGGAAUGAUGAUGGAUGAUAAUGAUGUCAGAGUUAUAGGAUGCUGAUUAUAAUGAUGAUGAUGAUGAUGACUCUAGAAGAUGCAAAUGUUCAUAAUAUUGUAUAAUGUUCACGCAGGGAAUGACAUACAGUAAGCUCACCUGCAGUUACAUUAUUGGACAGUGCUGGAAUAAAACCACUUCCUGUCUGACUUUCAUUUGACUCCGUAACCUUGUGUCUAAA